UUAAUUAAAUUACCUCUUUUGAAUAGCAACUACUUUUAUUGAAAUCCAAUUUAUGUCUUUCUGCAAUUCUUACACUAGCAAAGUCAUCCGGUGGGCCACACUGGACCCCCGGAGGGCCGGAUUUUGGCCCGCGGGCCUUACGUUUGACACAUGUGCUCUAAGAUAAUAACACAGGACGAAACAUUUAACAUAUUAUCACUUUAAAAUGUGGUCUCAACUGAACAUCUUUUCAACGUCUCCAAAAAAACCUUUCACUUUUAAAACCAAUUUGCAACGUCUUUUCAACGUCGGCCGUCGGUCUUUUAAACAUCUUUUCAGCCUCAAAAGCUCGCUGGGUGGUGUCAUGUGCAGUGAGUGACGGAGGCAGGAUGCUAGCGGCUAGCAUUAGCCUGCCACUGCUGCUUGGAACUCAGGCACAGCGACACUGGAGAACCCUUCAGGUAGAGGCCGUUUUUACUGCGCACUUGUCCAGUUACCGGGAGAUACGGUAACGGAGCUACAGGCCGCCAAUAGAGCCAGCGACGUCGCAUCCAAUCCCGAACGGGGCAGGGUUCCCCAGACCGGCCGGCCGACGCCAGGAGACGCCGGGGGGAGAGGCGACGGGCGACGCGUGGAACACCGUCAUGUUGAAGGGGAGAGAAGGGGAAGACACCGGAGGGGAAGAGGAUGAAGGCAAAUACGAGGAGGAGUUGGACCCUAGAAUCCAGGAGGAGCUGGAGCAGCUCAACAAGGCCAGCGGCCAGAUCAACGAGCUCGAGCUGCAGCUGGAUGAGGCGCGGUCCAGCUACAGGAGGAUCCUCAGCGACUCGGCCAGGAAUCUCAACUCUCAGGGCUCCCAGCUGGGCGUGUGCAUAGACAAAGCGAGGCCCUACUAUGAAGCCCGCAGACUGGCCAAAGAGGCUCAACAGGAGACCCAGAAGGCAGCUCUGAGGUAUGAGAGGGCCGUGUCCAUGCACUCUGCUGCCAGAGAGAUGGUGUAUGUGGGGGAGCAGGGCCUCUUGGCUGACAGGAACACCAUGGACCCAACCUGGCAGGAAAUGCUGAACCACGCCACCGCUAAGGUGAACGAGGCGGAGGAGGAGCGUUUCCACAGUGAGCAAGAGCACCAGCGCGUCACACAGCUCUGCCAGGAAGCUGAGGCUCGAGUCCAGACCCUCCAGAAAGCUCUAAAGAAGGUCAUCCUCAAGUCCAAGCCGUACUUUGAACUCAAGGCUCAAUUCAAUCACAUUCUGGAGGAUCAUAAGGCUAGAGUAGUUCUGCUGGAGGAGCGAGUGGCGAAGGUAAAGACACGUUACUCUGUGGCCCUGCGGAACCUGGAGCAGAUCAGCGAGCAGAUCCACACACAGAGGGGGCGGAUAAGGGCCAGCAGGGGGCGUCCGUCACUCUGCAGGGGGCGCAGCUCCCCUGUAGGUGCUGAGGCUGAGGUCCGAGCCAGUGUUGUGAAUCGCAGCGGGAGCUGCAUCGGGAGUAGCUGUGCAGGAGUCAGCGGAGUAGAGAGCAACUGGGCGGAUGGAGAGAAAACCAGGCUGUGGGUGGAGAGGCACAGAGAGAGUGGCUGGGGCCAGAGGGAGCGGCUGGAGGCGGAGCCUGCCGCCUCAGACACCAUGUCUCUCAUCAGCCUGCAGACCAUUGCCUCUGACCUGGAGAAGUGUGACUCGGUGGAACACUUGGGAGACAUGAGCGAGGCUGGGAGUGCUCUGGGUGAGGAGCGGCAGUGCGGCAGGAAGCCUAAACCACAGCCAAUCAGCAGAGAGGAGUUGACUGUGGAGUCCCAGCAGGAGAAGGGAGGGGUUACUAAAGAAAAGCAGGAGAGCUUGAUCAAACAGCACCAGAGAAGUGUCAGUCUAUAAUAGUCACCAGGAGGGGAGGAUCAUAGCGAUGACUUACAAUGAGUGAUCAUAGAGGACUUUGGAGAAGAAAUCCCUCUAACUGUGGGGUGGUAGGCAAAAUGGAAUGGAAAAGUGGAGAUGCUGACACUGACGACACACACUGGCCAUACACGGCAGUUAGCAGGAAGGGUCGGCAGGAACAUGGGCCACACUACUGAAUAUCUGGCAGCAAUAAACAGAGAGCCGUCCUGUGGGAGCACUGACCUGCAUUCCCUUGUGUACCCUGCAGUGUUUUAUCACGUCUGUUUUUUGCAUGAAAAAAACAGCAGGAGGAUGCAGGGUGUGUCAUCUCGUGUUGUGCUUUAGUGGUGGAUAAAUGUGCCUGUUUAAGGUUAAAUCCAGUUUGUAACAAUAACAAUAAUUUAGUUGGAGCAUGGAACAUAAUUUCUAUUGGUCAUAAUAACACUGGAUUUAUGGAAACACUUCACAGCUUUGAUUCUGAGCCAUGUAUGUAUUUUUCAUCCCAUGUUCAGUAUACCUGCAUGUCACAGUUCACCUUUGCCGUCUCUUCCAAACAAGUCUGUACUUUUGUAACAUUUUGUAGAUAAUGAUGUUCAAAACUAGAAAGGCAACUCAUAGCACUAUAAUAGUUAAAACACCCAUAAACAUCUUACAAAUGGAAUCAAAAGGCACAGUUCUAUCACAAAACAUUUAUUGAAAGUUAAUUUACAGGAUGAUGCAAAAACUAUCCAUCUCAAUCAUCACUCGUGACCUAAUAGAAGUGUGUGGUGCUGUUUGUAUCUGCUUUUAACAGUAUUUGAAACAAUCACAAACUAAUGUUUAAUUCUUCUGGUUCACAGCUUUUUUCUCAGUAAUGGUGCCUCUCCCUCUCCUGUCUUGUGGCGUCAUCUUUAUACACUGCUCAAAAAAUGGUUUGAUUUAAAGUUUUGAUUUUCCUCUCAGUGUUGCAGCCGAUCAUUCUCGUGGCAAAAGACCAAGCAUUACAGGUCAAUUGGUUAAUUGGACUGUUUCUGCAAGCACAACAAGGGCAUUGUCAGAAGCCUUCACAUCUGACCUACAGAGGAGAAAUGUCUUAACACUGCAAUUAGCUAUAGACUGUCAUGCUUCACAAUGUUGCAUGAAGCACAGCGUUCUCCUUGGCUUCUCCAGACCAUUUCACAUAUAUCACAGGAGCUCGGGGUGAUCCUGCUCUCAUGAGAAGCACAGGGCGCCAGUGGCGGACAUGCCAAUUCUGGUGUUCUAUAGCAAAUGAGGAGGCCACCCUCAUGAACCCUGUUUCUGAUUGCAGACAUUAACACCAGCGGGCUGCUGGAGGUCAUUCUGUAGGGCUUGAGCAGUGCUCAACCUGUACCUCCUUGAAGGAGUCACAAAACAAACUCUACUGACCUUAAAAUCUAAAUAUUGGUCAUAAAUACCCUUCUUAAAUAUCAGACAUAGUUAAGCUUGAUGAAAGAUAUUUGCAUGAAGAAUGCAGUACCUCCAGCUACAUGACAGUGUGGUACAGUUGUAUAUCCUGGCAGAAAGACCAGUGUUGAUGAGUCAAAUAUUGAGCUGCUUGGACUGAAGUCCAUCAGCCUCCACACAAACCUUCACAAAAAGCUCCCCCAGUAGCGGACUGACUGAGGAGAAAUAGCGGAGAAUAACGUCCUUUGUCUCUGACUUUUAGGAUUUUCCUUUUUUAUGAGUCAACCAUUUCCAUUAUUUUAUUCUUGCUUUGUUAAAAUGAUUUAAAACAUUUAUGUUAGUCAGUAUGAUUUAAAACAUUUAUGUUAGUCAGUAUACAGCCAUGAAACUAGAAGCCCAUGUCUGUGGUUACCCUAAUUAUUCCAUGUACUGUAUCUACGAUAAUAAUAAUAUGUAUUCCACAGAUAGCCAUAUCCCAUGUUAUGCCAGGGAAAAUAGCCAAAUGUUUUUAUUCAAAGUGCGUGUGACUCCUAAAAGGGUUUGGUUCUACAGAAAUGAUCCUACUAAUUAUCCUGAUUUUUAUUUUCAUUUAAGCUUUAUUCGAUAUGGACAUCACAGCGGUAUUAGAGUUGUGACAUACAAUUAUGCACAAUAACCAGGUGCACUGUGUUUAGUAUUAGCAAAACGCUAGUUUACACCUGUCCAUAUGAGGCUUUUUUAAAGGAAAAAAUAGAAGUGUGUUAACCACGGCUUAAUGCCUGUAUUAAAAACAUAAAAAUGUAUUGCAUUUUCAAUUCUGUUGGUAGACAGUUCCAGAGUUUUGCUCAGAGAAGACUGAUUGUCUAAAAUUCCACUCUAAGAGUGAAAUAAAUAAAUAAAUUGUGUGACAAAUAUUUUUUUUUAUGUUUGAGGCUGAUUGAAAAUGUCUGACUUGAAAGUUUAA